UCAGGCCUCUGACCUCCUCUGCCUUGCAGGACGAUGCCGUCCUCUAUCUCGUGGGGCCUCCUGCUGCUGGCCAGCCUCAGCUGCCUGGCUGCUGGCUCCCUGGCUGAAGAUGCUCAGGAGACAGAUGCAUCCAAGCCCGACCAGGAGCACCCAGCCUGCCACAAGAUUGCUCCGAACCUGGCCGAGUUUGCAUUAAGCCUCUAUCGUGUGCUGGCCCAUGAGUCCAACACCACCAACAUCUUCUUCUCCCCUGUGAGCAUCGCCACAGCCUUGGCCUCGCUCUCGCUGGGCACCAAGGCUGACACUCACACCCAAAUCAUGGAGGGCCUGGGCUUCAACCUCACAGAGAUCUCAGAGGCUGACAUCCACCAGGGCUUCCAGCAUCUUCUCCAAAACCUCAACAAACCCAACAGCCAGCUCCAGCUGACCACUGGCAACGGCCUCUUCAUUGACCACAAUCUGAAGCUGCUGGACAAGUUCUUGGAGGAUGUCAAGAACCUGUACCACUCAGAGGCCUUCUCCACCGACUUCACAAACACCGACGAGGCCAAGAAGCAGAUCAACACUUAUGUGGAGAAAGGGACCCAAGGAAAAAUUGUGGAUUUGGUGAAAGAUCUGAACAGAGACUCAAUUCUCGCCUUGGUGAACUACAUUUUCUUUAAAGGCAAAUGGGAGAAACCCUUCGAGGUAGAUCACACCAAGGAAGAAGACUUCCAUGUGGACCAGCUCAUUACCUAUCUUCAUACCAGGAGAGUCGAUUUGUACUUCCCCAAAGUGAACAUCUCUGGAACCAUCCAUCUGAAGCCUGUCCUGACAAGUCUGGGCAUCACCAAGCUCUUCAGCAACGCGGCUGACCUGUCUGGGAUCACGGAGAACGGUCCCCUGAGGGUCUCCAAGGCCCUGCAUAAGGCUGUGCUGACCUUCGACAAGGAAGAGACAGUGGCCGCAGGGGAUGCCAAAUGGGAAGAAAACACCUUGUUUAAGGCCCCCACUGUCCAGUUCAACAGGCCCUUCUUUCUCAUCAUUAUGGAUGAAUACACCAACUUUCCCCUCUUUGGUGGCAAAAUAGUGAAUCCCAUAGAGAAAUAGCUGGUCUCAGGCUUC